AUGGCUUCGGAUAGCGCGCCGCAGCUGCAGUUCUCCUCGUCGGAGGUGAACUUGCUCAUCUACCACUACCUGAAAGAGUCAGGAUUCUUGCACACAUGCUUUUCGCUGCGCUACGAGGCGAGACUCGACGACCUGCCGGCGGCCCACGAGGCGGUCGUCCAGCCGGGGCAGCUGCUCCACUACCUGCAGCGCGGCCUGAUGUACGCCACGGCCGAGCGCCACGUCCAGGAGCGUGCAGACGCAUCGCUGCCUCCGAUGCCUGAUCCGCUCGUUGCCGUGCCGGACGGCAGCGUGCCGCGGCCACCGAGCGCGUCGAUGCGCGCCGGCCUCACGCCGCCGCCCGCCGCGCCGCCGCAGCCGGAGCGCAAGCAGGACGCCGCAUCGCAGACGACGGAGCUUGUACCGAUCGAGAAGCGCAGCAAGGAGGACGUAAUGGACACCACGCCGCCCACCGCCGACGAGGACGAGGCGAAGGACGACUCGCCGCGCCGCAACAAAAAGGCCAAGAAGGGCUCGCACGCAACGAGCGCCUCGCGCAGCAACCUGCCGGGCACCAAGACCAAGGCGAUCCCGGGCGCGGCGCACGUCCUCGACGACAAGAACCUCACGCUGCUCUCCGGCCACGCCGCCGAAGUGUUUGUCUCGGAUUGGAAUCCGGCCGUGCCCGGCCUCUUGGCGAGCGGCGGAGGGGAUGCGACCGUGCGCAUCUGGGACCUGAAUGCGCCGUCCGAGCCGCCGGCCGUGUGCAAGCACCUGCCCCCUACGCAGGCCAAAAACAUCUCGACCGUCGCCUGGAAUCCGGACGGGACGCUGCUGGCGUCCGGCUCGCACGACGGCAUCCUGCGGCUGUGGACGCCGCAGGGCGACCUGCACCUCGUCAUGUCGAUGCACCAGGGCCCCAUCUUUGCCGUGCGCUGGAAUGCCAAGGGCAACUUGCUGCUCACCGGCAGCGCCGACGGCACGGCGAUCGUGUGGGACGUCGGCAGCGGGCGCACGCGCCAGCAGUUUAGCCUGCACUCGGACAACGUGCUUGACGUGCAGUGGCUCACUGGUGCGCUUGAUAUGCCGCCGAAAGCGCCACGCGUCGCGCACCCCGACCAGGCGGUCGCCGAUGCGAUCUUUGCGACGGGCUCGGCGGACAACAGCGUGCACCUCUGCAAGCUCGGCGAGCCGAAGCCGAUCCAUACCUUCCACGGCCACACGGACGAGGUGAACGCGAUCCGCUUCGAUCCGUCGCAGACGCUGCUCGCGAGCGCAUCCGACGACACCACCGCCAAGAUCUGGGCGGUGCGUGUGCCCGGCGUGCAGGCGCCGAGGCAGGACGGUGACGCGUCGCGCCCCCUCAAGAGCCUGCUCUUGACGCUCACUGGCCACACCAAGGAGGUUUACUCGCUCGCCUGGUGCUCGACCGGCCCCCAGUCGGCGCACCCCGAGCAGCCGCGUAUGCUGGCCACGUGCAGUUUUGACCACAGCGCGCGGCUGUGGAACGGCGACAAUGGCGACUGCCUUCGUGUGAUUGAUGGGCACACGCAGAAUGUGUACGCGCUGUGCUUUAGCCCCUGCGCACGCUAUUUGGCUACGGGAGGGAUCGACGACAAGGCGCUCGUGACGCGCAUCGCGGACGGGCAGACGAUGUACGAGUACGCCGCAGGCGGCGCGGUACUCGACCUCGCAUGGAACGUGGAGCGUACUACACCCAAGUCGGAAGAGCAGGCCACGCCGCCAAGCGACGCGCGCGCGCCGCCGCAGCGCCUCGCGGUGGCCCAAGCGGACAAGCUGCUGGGCGUGGUCGACCUGACGCCAUACCUUAUGUAA